GUACAGGGGUAAAAUACUUCCCUCGGGGAGUACGCGUUCGCACCUUUGUUCCGCACAUAAUUGUAAAAAUAUAGAUUUCACAAUGCAAUAAUAUUGUAGGCGUGUGUAACACACACAGUAAAAUAUAAAUACAGAAGCAGCAUUUCACACAUAUUUAACCGGAAAACUUAAGCGCGGCUGUUGACAAAAUAGCCGUAAUUGUGUCGGGAUCUAUGUACUGUACUACUGCAGUAGUACUUCUACUUCCUCUACUACGCAGUAUUUGCAUUUACUGCGCUGUCUCUGUCCUCAGUGAGUACGGUUACAGUUCAUCCGUGAAGUAGAGCUGGACGGCCAGAUUCUUUUCACCCCCAUGCCACCCAAGAGAGACGCAGGGACGACUCCAACAGAACCACCGGUCAAGAUGAUAAAGAUCGGCCCUGACUCACAGGAGUUUGGCUGUGAUCCAGUGGAGGAUAAGUACAGGUUGGCCGAGGAGUCCAGCUACUCUCCUUUUCCCAACAAUGAGCAUGAAACCAUUGAUUUUGAUGAAGAAAAUCUUGGAAGCCCAGAAAUCAGAACAGACACCAUCAGUCUCCUCAUGAAAAUUGAGCAACUGCAGGCACAACUCAAAUAUGAACGCAGAUGUAGAAUUCUGGCCGAGAGAGAACUGAGGGAGUUGAAAGAGAUGAACACUCUCAUGAUGCAGAUGAGGCACACAGCACAUGAACUGCGAGUCACUCUGGAUCACGUUCUCCAAGGAGGCGAGUCAUCAGCGGAGCCGCAGACCUCUCAAGAUGAAAGUGUCUCUUUCCUAACUGAGCCUGGGGCAGAGAUGAGAGAAGAGCUUAAUAUCCCAGAGGAUGAUGACAACUUCUUGUAUCUCUCUGAGCAUCUUCGAGUACCGAAAAAUCUUUACAUACGCAUCGCAGAGAUUUCAGACUACAAAAAGUACACGUCAGCUCUGCUGAUGAUACUUUUUGACAGAGAAACGUUGGCCACACACUCUCUGCAGGGCCGGAGGAACACCUUUACUGGAGAAGAUUGCCACAAACCUCAACUACCACCUGAGAUCUUGAGAAGUUUAAUUGGUCAUGUGGCAGUCAAGUUCGGCGUUGAAAGCAGCCAAAUAAAAAUUGCAAUACGUACAAAGUUGAAUAAUGAGGACAAGCUAUUAAAGAAGAGACUGGGUAUAGGUAAAGCUGAAAACAAAGCUAUGAUUGAUCAAAGCUUUUGCCAAGAUGCUUCACUCCUGCCUGAAAAUGGAGCAAUGGAAAAUGAUUCUCAGUUAUAAUCUUUUAAAUCUGCCUUCAUCUGUUGGUCACCAAUUUUUCAUUAUCUGAUAGAAAUGUGUGACAGGUUGUCUUUUUAAUCUACCUGUAGUCCAUUCAGUAUUGAAAUCUAUCGCUUGAAUGUAGCGUUUUUCAACACUUUUUAGAAUUCUUCCUUUUUCACAGCUGUUGUCUGUCAUGUGUUCAAAAACUGUAAAGUUUAAUCAGGUGACCCAACCAAUACAUUGAACAACACUAUAAAAUGUUGCGUGUAGUCAUCAGUGGUACCAAGUGUUCUUAUUUAAUUUGAAGUAGUAAGUGGCUGUAUCUAAAUCUUCUGUGAAGUCGGCCUUUGUCAAACAUUUGUACUGUUUUACGUUUCAAUCAGCUGACCUUUGUGUGUUUUAAAAGUAGGACAUUUAAAAAAAUGUUUCAAAUAAUAAGGGUGCUAUUUUUACCCAUUUCACAACAAAUUGUACACCAUGUGAUACUGUGCUUCUAGAAUAUUUUUUUUGCAGUUACAAUAUAUGCUGUAAGUAAUAUUUAAUCUUCCCGUUUCCAAAAAAAAGGAACUUGUCUUUUAGUUGUGCUUAACUACACAGGGGACAAUAAAC